AGAGCCAGAGCCAGAGCCAGAGCCAAAGCCAAAGCCAGUCCUAAAGCCUUCCUCUCUCAGAAAUGGCUCCAGAGCUUACGAUGAAGCAGACCGGAUUCACCAAACCAGCGGUGACCCUGCCGAGCAGGGCCUACGUGACCUUCUUGGCCGGGAAUGGAGACUACGUGAAAGGCGUGGUGGGCUUGGCAAAGGGAUUAAGGAAGGCUAAAUCAGCGUAUCCGUUGGUGGUCGCCUGUUUGCCGGACGUGCCCGAGGAGCAUCGCCAGAUUCUGGACUCACAGGGCUGCAUAGUCCGUGUGAUCGAACCCGUUUAUCCUCCCGAGAACCAGACCCAGUUUGCCAUGGCGUAUUACGUCAUCAACUACUCUAAGCUCCGUAUUUGGGAGUUUGUGGAGUACAGUAAGAUGAUAUACUUGGACGGUGACAUUCAAGUGUUCGACAAUAUAGACCAUCUGUUUGAUCUCCAAGAUGGGCACUUCUAUGCAGUAAUGGAUUGCUUCUGCGAGAAAACAUGGAGUCACACUCAACAAUACAAUAUCGGUUACUGUCAACAAUGCCCGGACAAGGUGAAGUGGCCAGCGGAGAUGGGUAACCCACCGUCUCUCUACUUCAAUGCUGGAAUGUUCGUGUAUGAACCCAGUCUCUCCACCUAUGAAGAUCUCUUGACCACCGUCAAAACUACUCCCCCAACUCCUUUCGCCGAGCAGGACUUUUUGAACAUGUACUUCAGGGACAUCUACAAGCCUAUUCCAAUGGGUUACAAUCUUGUGCUUGCGAAUCUUUGGAGGCACCCGGAGAAUGUUGAGCUUGAGAAAGUGAAGGUUGUGCACUACUGUGCGGCGGGGUCGAAGCCGUGGAGGUACACUGGUAUAGAAGAGAAUAUGCAGAGGGAGGACAUCAAGAUGUUGGUCCAGAAAUGGCGGGACAUAUAUGAUGAUGAAUCCUUGGACUACAAGAAACCUACUGUGGCCGCGGAUGGAGAACCUGGGCUGGUGAAUAUGGAGCCGUUCAUAGCGGCUUUGUCGGAAGCUGGGGCUGUUCAGUAUGUGACAGCUCCAUCUGCUGCUUAAUUGAAAGAGAGGCUCUGGUUUGGUCACUGUUGAUGGAAAGGAGGAGUAGUAAUUUUAUAGGGUAAUUGAAGCACAAGUUCUCUAAUUGAAUUGUCUUUAGGAAUGAAAAGACAAUUGGGCCCAUUUAGAGAAGAAAAAAUAAGCUUCUAAUUAUUAUUUUUCUUUUUCGUCUUUUUUUUUUCACCUCCAUUUUCUUGAUAUAGUGUGUCCUAAGUAUAUACUAUAUGUAUGUUUGGUGUGUGUUGUGAAUAGUCCAUGAAUGGCAGUAUAAAGGAGUACUGUCUAAUGUCUAUUCCUCCCAUGGAGUUUCAAUGAAAUGAAUGUAGUUAUUACUAAAAUAA